AGAUGCUUUGAUGAGAUUCCUGGUGAUCAAGUCAAUCUUGGGGAGGACCCUCUGAUGCAAAGGUAAAACUUGGGCCCCAGGCUAUUGGACACCACUUUCUUUGCACACUUUUGGUAGUGAUUAAGAAAGGUGUAAUGACAUGUCAUGUUAUCUAUAGUUAUUUUAAGCUGUUGAGGAAGUUUAGAUAACAGUGAAUUAAAAGAAUAUGCACAUAGUGUAUUGUUACUGAAAAACGAGGCUAAAAGUGUAAGAUGUGUGACAGAGACUGACAGCUGUGGUCUGUGGUCCACUCUCAUACUAAUGUUUUAAUUCUUAUUUCAGCCCGGUUCCUAAACGAGACUUUGGUAAGAACAAAAAUGAUCAUCUUGACAUGGAGCCGUAAGUAUCCUCAAUUUUUGUGAUUACAUCUCCCACCUCUGUGAUCUAGUAGUACCUGGCAUGUCUUCUUGCAAAUUGACCCUCUUGGACAACGAGGAAAUCUUAACAGUUUUUGUUUCUCACUCACAUUACCAGUGUGUAUGCAAUUUAUUGGAAAAAUAGAAAGUGCUUGCAUUAAAAAGUUCAACUCCUACAGGAUUGGCUUGGUGCCAUAUCAUAUCUUGCCAGCAUAUUCAUAGUUUUGAAAUAUUUAUGUGAUUGCUGAUACCUCAUGUGGAAAUGCUGUAUUUCUGGGUCUUGGCACACUGGAUUUCAUUGGCCAGAGCCUUUAGGCCUCCCACAGUUUUUCUUUGAGCACAGUCUUGUAAUAAGUAGUCUAUCUGAACAGCAGCUGCAGUCGAUGGUGUGGAUGUGAGCUGAAUGAAAGUCAGUUCAACUUACUGUAACAGAAGAUCUAUGAAAAGAAAUGAUAAAGUUAAAAUGGUGGUUUUGUUGUCAUGACAAGUCAGUGAAUUGUCUUAUAAAUUGAUCUUGUACCUAACACCUUUUGAUUGUCUCUUGCAGAUUUGUGGAUUGUAUGGAUUGUGGACGAAAAGUCCAUCAAAUCUGUGUACGCCAUCAUGAUUACAUUUGGCCACAAGGGUGAGUAGAGUGCAGCUUGAGAUUGUCCUCAUUUUGUGAGUUAUUUUGUAAUAUUUUUUAUGAAAAAGGUAGUUAGUAAAAUUAAUGUCACUGGAGCAGACAGUUUUCUAUAGAGUGGGCCGUGACCCAGUUAGCCAAAGCUAAUAAAUCUGGGCUUGUUUUUUCUCUUUUCUAAACUUUGUAGAACGCAGGUUUGUCUCUAUUAUCCCUUUAAGCCCCAGUAUCCCCAUACAAAUUCUCCAAACUGAUCUCCAUACAUUUCCUUUAAGAAUUAGUUGAGAGAAUUUAAUAAAACAUCGAGGCAUUUUCUCUUUCGUGAUCAUUUUUAUAUUCUCACAACCUUAUCUCUUGACAAUGUAGGGACAUUGUUAGGAGAAAAUUGCUGUUGGUCACUAUUGGAACUUAAAGGGUUAUGCAUGGUUGUUUUUGGUGUCAGAGUUACACUACUUCUAUAAUAUGGGCAGCUCUGUAAUUUCAGACACCUGACUUUGCCCCCGUGGUUUCUGCGUUUGCAGACUGAGAAUACAAAUACUUUACAAGCUGCUAACUUUUGGUAUGUAAUUUACUGCCUAUUGCAGAUAUCAGUGUGAUGGAUGUUUGAAAAGGAGGGGGAUGAAGAGGAAAGAAAACCGGUUUACUGCAAAGAGUAAGUGCACUUUUCAGUGUUCACUAUGUAAGUUUGUUUUUGCUUUUAUUAGAAGCUGAGGAAUGGCUUUAUCAACUUAGGUGCAAUUAGCUGUAAAUUAAUCGACUAUGGAAUAAAACCUUCGGGUCAGCAAUAAAUUCAACGUUGGUAGUGUUGGCAUAAUCCACUAAUUUGCGAUUUUAGUACUCCUCCAUCCCACCUCAGGUUACUCUGAAAUACACCUCUACUUUGAAAUACACUCUGAGAUUGCUGAGAUGCAUGUGAGUGGGAUUAUUAACCAACAGAAUUAAUAAUAAAUUGGAGAAACUUAAUUUAAUUUAUGAGCAUGCGCUGAACCGUGAACCUGUCCCUUUAAGCUGCCAUUCCCAGAUUUACAAAAGGAAUAGUACAUUAAAUGUAGUGAAACCCUCUUAAAUAAAUGCUUCGUGGAUCCUAAAUACCCUUUGUAAGGGGAAUAAAGUAAGUAGACGUAUGCGAUCCCCAAGAGACGUUUAUAAAAUAAAGUCACUAGAAGGUUGAUAGUUUUCGUGUAAUGAAACUUAUUAUAUAAUCUGUUGCAGCUUGACUAAAGGCUUUAGACAUUAAGAAUUUGUUAAAUUGCUCAUUUGUCUGUAUUGAGCGAUUUAAUUUGUGACAAUAUGUUUUAGAACUUAAACCAGGACCAAGAAAAAUGUCAAGUGGUAUCAGCUGCGGGUAGUAAGAGGUGUCCAUUAAGUAGGAAUGUCUCUCUUAAAAUACAAAAUAAUGAUGAUGAUAAGGUCAUGGUUUCUGGGAAACCCCACUAAUAAUUUUCACAUAUUUUCCCCACUUAGAACUGCCAACAACCAAACUUGGUGAUCUCAUUGAGAAAAGAGUGAAUAACUUCUUGAUCAAGGAGAAUUAUCCAGGAAAUGUGACCAUAAGAGUUGUUUCCUCCUGUGACAAGCAAGUUGAAGUCAAACCAGGAAUGAAGUCACGGUUU